UAUGAGGGUGGCGUGAUGGAGGGGGGCAGGGGACCAAGCAUCUGGGACACCUUCACUCAUCAGCACCCAGAUAAAAUCAUUGACAGAAGCAACGGGGAUGUGGCUGUGGAUUCUUACCAUCUCUACAAAGAAGAUGUGCGCCUCAUGAAGGAUAUGGGAAUGGAUGCAUACAGGUUCUCCAUCUCAUGGACAAGAAUACUUCCAAAUGGAAGUAUGAGCGGUGGAGUCGACAGAGAAGGCGUUAGAUACUACAACAAUUUGAUCGAUGAACUCUUGUUGAAAGGGGUGCAACCAUUUGUGACUCUUUUUCACUGGGACUCACCUCAGGUAUUAGAAGACAAAUAUGGAGGAUUUCUUAGUCCUAAUAUCAUAAACGACUAUAAGGACUACGCUGAAGUCUGCUUCAAAGAGUUUGGUGACCGAGUGAAACACUGGAUCACGUUCAAUGAACCCGGGGGCUUCUGUUCAGGAGGUUAUGCAUCUGGCGUGCUUGCACCAGGCCGAUGCUCGCCAUGGGAGCAGGGCAAGUGCAGCGCUGGGGACUCAGGAACGGAGCCUUACACUGUAUGUCAUCAUCAACUACUCGCCCAUGCAGAAACAGUGCGCUUAUACAAAGAAAAAUACCAGGCGAUCCAGAAAGGGAAGAUUGGAAUAUCAUUAGUCUCACUUUGGUUUCUCCCUUCGUCCCCAUCCAAAUGCAAUGAUAAUGCAGUGAGACGUGCCUUAGAUUUCACAUUUGGAUGGUUCAUGGACCCCCUUGUUAAAGGUGACUACCCGCUCAGCAUGAAAGGACUGGUGGGAAAUCGCUUGCCACAAUUCACAAAACAACAAUCUGAGACGAUCAAGGGUGCAUUUGACUUCAUCGGACUCAACUACUAUACCACGUACUACGCUAGCUCUGCUAACAACCUUCCUCCAAAUGGUCUUAACAAAAGCUAUAACACGGAUUCUCGUGCUAAUCUUUCCGGUGUUCGAAAUGGUGUCCCCAUAGGUCCUCAGGCUGGUUCGCCUUGGCUCUACAUGUACCCUCGAGGCUUUCGUGAGCUUCUACUUUAUGUUAAGGAAAACUAUGGCAACCCUGCUAUCUACAUCACUGAAAACGGCUUUGAUGAAGCCAACAACAUGAGCUUGCCACUCCAUGAAGCCUUGAAGGACGACACUCGGAUAGAGUACCACCACAAGCACCUCCUUGCCCUGCAUAGUGCCAUAAGGGAUGGAGCAAACGUGAAAGGAUACUUCGCAUGGUCGCUGCUAGAUAACUUCGAGUGGGCGUACGGCUACACAGUCCGGUCGCUCUCCCAGCCCCAGCCCCAGCCCAACCGAGACCUCCCGGCGCUGAUCAAGAUCAGGGAGCAGUUCGGCAACCCGGCCGUGCUGUCGGGCUGGCGGCCCGGCGGCACGGCCUGCGCCUGGCCCGUGUCCUGCAACGAGCAGGGCCGCGUGACCAAGAUCUUCCUCACCAACUACAACAUCACGUCCACGCUCCCGCCGGCCUUCGGCGAGCUCGACCAGCUGGAGACCCUCAGCAUCAUCAACAUGCCGGGCCUGCACGGGCCCAUCCCGGACACCUUCGGCAACCUCGCGCACCUCUCCAUCUUCAACCUCAUGGUCACCUCUGUCUCGGGCCCCAUCCCGUCCUCCCUCUCCCGCACCAACCUCACCUCCGUCAGCUUCCUCCGGAGCAAGCUCAACGGCACCAUCCCGAGGUCGCUGCGGCGGCUGCCGUACCUGACCUUCUUCGACGCCGCGCACAACGACCUCGAGGGGCCCAUCCCGCCGCUGCUGGUGCGCGACAGCACGCCGGACCGGCCGCUGGGCCUGAUGCUGGACGGGAACCGGCUGUCCGGGACCAUCCCCUGGACGUACGCGCUGGAGAGGAACUGGAUGCAGUUCAGGGUGGCCAACAACAAGCUCACCGGGGACGCGUCGUUCCUCUUCGGCCGGCGGAAGACGAUGGCCGGGACCAUGGACCUGUCCGGGAACAGGUUCAGGUUCAACCUGUCGGGGGUGGAGUUGCCCCAGCACCUGAUGUUCCUCAACCUCAGCCACAACCGGAUCUACGGCGGCGUGCCGGCGUCGCUGCGGGAGUCGAAGGUGGCCGUGCUGGACCUCAGCUACAACCAGCUGUGCGGGGAGAUACCCACCGGCGGGCAUAUGGUGCAGUUCAAGGCGGCGGCGUACGAGCACAACAAGUGCCUGUGUGGGACGCCGCUGCCGCCCUGCGCCAACGGCAGCUGAGGUGACCCGAAGCUGUCGUUCUUGUCGUGUUAUGUUCAGCUAUUUCAAACUUGCUUCUCCGUUCAUAAAGAUAGGAUAUUUAGGACAUACAAAGUAGUUCAUUGCAUGAUAC